AUGGCCUCAUCACGACGCUCAUCCCGCACCCCCUCCCGCUCAGUGAGCUCCACCAGCCUCUCGACCCGCCGCCGCAGCACCGCCACUCCCGUCCUCUCCCCUGCCGACAAGGAAAAGGCGGUGCAGAUCAACAACGCGUGCAACGAGCGCAACCUGGAUGCACUGGUGCAUCUCGCGACCAGCAUCCACGGCCUGGUCAGCGAUGACCUGCGCCGUGUAGCAUGGCCCAUACUGCUCGGUAGCAUUCCUGCCAAACACGAGCAGGCUCCGUGGAAGGAGCUUCCUACACACCCGGAUGAAGGUCAGGUGGCUUUGGAUGUCCACCGAGCGUUCGUCUACUACCCCAAAAAUGGUAUGAAUACCCAGACUCCUGGAGGUGUGGUUCAGUUCCAACCUCGUACUGAAUCCGAAAAGCACCUCGACCGCCUCAAGGAAGAGCUCUCCGACAUCAUCGUCGAAAUCCUCCGCCGCCACCCCACCCUAAAUUACUUCCAAGGCUACCACGACAUCGUCCAGGUCUUCCUCCUCGUGCUCGGUCCCCACGAUGCGCCCGCAGCCGUCGCACGCCUCAGCCUGCUGCGCAUCCGCGACUUCAUGCUGUCCACCCUCGAUCCCGCCAUCGCGCACCUCUCACUGCUGAAGCCGAUCCUCGAAACUGCCGACCCCGAGCUAUACGCGCAUCUGCCCACUAGCCAGCCGUCGUUCGCACUGGCCGACACCCUGACUAUGUUUGCGCACCACAUACAGGAGUACAGGGAUAUCGCAAGGGUGUUCGACUUCUUCCUUGCACGGCACACCGUCAUGCCGAUAUACUUCUUCGCCGGGGUAGUGCUCUCGAGGCGAGAGGAGAUGCUGGUUAUCGACAAGGAAGACGAGGACAUCAUGCACGCGAUGUUGGGCAAGCUACCGCAGCCAUUUGAUGUCGAGUUCCACAUCGCCCGCGCCGUUGAGCUGUACGAGCGGUUGCCCCCAGGGAAGCUAGGCAGCUGGGAGUGGUGGAACAUAUCCUCGUCGAGUGUGCUGAAGACGUCAACGACGCCUGCAACGCUGAGUCGCCUCGAGCUGGAAGACGGCGAGAAGUGGAUGCAGCAGCAGGAGAAGGAGGUCCGCCGGCAGCAGAGUCGGGCUAAGGCCAAGAGGAGUGCACAGAUGCUUAAGCGUAGGCUUUGGGUGUACCGCAGGCAAGGCGUCUUCGGACUGGCUGUUAUUGUAGGCGUGUACGCGCUGUGGCUUGGUCGAUCUGCCGGCGUCGGUAGGCUUUCGGCUUUUGCGCCGCUGAGCGAGCUCUUUAGAGGCGUCGUGGGUAUUGCACGACAAGUUGUAUCAUGA